CUAAUAUAUGAAGCAUUAGCGCCGUCCAGACUGAGGCUAUCUUCUACCGCUCCAGGGCAUCGUAGUAAUCCACUCGACUCAGAAACCUCAAAUAAUCUCCAAGAUGGAUCAUACAAAGCUCAAGAAGAUGGCCGGUGCAGUUCGCACUGGUGGAAAAGGUAGCGUGAGAAGAAAGAAGAAGGCUGUUCACAAGACAACUACCACAGAUGAUAAACGGCUUCAGAGUACCCUGAAGAGAAUAGGAGUUAAUGCUAUUCCUGCAAUUGAGGAAGUCAACAUUUUCAAGGAUGAUGUAGUUAUUCAAUUUAUUAACCCAAAAGUUCAGGCUUCUAUUGCAGCGAACACUUGGGUUGUUAGUGGGGCUCCUCAAACGAAAAAAUUGCAGGAUAUCCUCCCUGGAAUUAUCAACCAGUUGGGGCCAGAUAAUUUGGACAAUCUGAGGAAAUUGGCUGAGCAGUUCCAGAAGCAAGCACCUGGUGCUGGUGCCGGUGCAGCCAAUGCACAGGAUGACGAUGAUGAUGUUCCCGAGCUUGUAGAAGGGCAGACCUUCGAAGCCGCUGCAGAAGAGCCUCAUGCAUCCUAGAGAGAAGCUCUCUGAUGAUUUUGUUUAGUUUUUACAUAUUUAUUUCUAAUGCUUGGAAGAGUUCAUUUUUCUUCUUGUAUUUGGUCUUUCUUUCCUAAUCUUGUCGCUCAUGGCAUUUUACCCCGAUGUAACCCCUAGAUGGAUGGAUAUUCGAUUGCCCCCUUCAACAGCCUUAUUAAUCCCUGGGGAAUGCUUUUUUCAUGUAGGAUCGGAAUUAAUGGCUCCCGCCUGCCCUACCCAAAGAAAAAUCUGGACAUUGAGCGUGAGCCAUCUWUGUAUUCGAAGAUAAGGUAUGCUUGUUAAGUGUAGUCCUUUCACCUCUAUUCUCCUGUCCCACGUCGUUUCCAAGUUGAUCAGUCAUUUUAUGAGGUUACCUUUUAA